AAAGUAAAGAAGGGAAAAUGUCAGAAGAAAAUGUAAAGGAACAAACCGAUCAUUUUACCGAUGAUACUCAAAGCGAAUUACUGCGUUUACAACGACAGUAUCGUAUUUUAGAAAACGAAAGACAAGCUUAUAAAGAAAAUUCAGAAAAUGAUUUGCGUAAACUAAAUAAAACGCUUUCUAAAUUGAGAAAAGAAAACGAUGAGCUAAAAAUAGAGUAUAAAAUAGCAUUUAGUACAAAAAAUAAAAGCAAUGAAUUUCAAAUAACUGAAGAACUUAAAAACUUGUUACUUGCGGAAAAUUGCGCGAAGCACGAUUUACUGCAAGUAACAAAAAAGCUCGAGUUAGUCAAUAAAGAUAUUAAAAAUUAUCAUAUGAAAAUUGAUUUGUUCAGAAAACAUCUCAAAGGAUUAAAAGAGUCAAAAGCUAAAGAUGAAAACAUACAAAACCUAAAUAGAAUAAUUGAGAACCGAUUAAAUGUUGCUCAUUUUAAACUAAACAACGCACUAACUAUUAACAAAAGGAAGAAACAAGAAAUUACUCAUUUAAAAAUUCAGCGAGACAGGUUCUUCGAUUUAAGAAAAAAACUCCAGGAGAUCUACAAUAAUGGUAGAACGAGAAAAAGUUUUUUAAUUGAAAACGCAAAAGCACAUUUUAGCAGCCGCGACGAGGCUCAGCACCGAUUACAAUUUCUUCGAGACCGUUCUGAUAGAGAUAUUAUAGCAUACAAUACUGAACUCAAAGAUAUAUUAAGAAUUAUAGAUCACGAAAAUAAAUUGCGUUUGUUUAUUGACACAAAGAUGGAAGAACACGCCGAAUCAUAUGACAUCAUUUUGAAGGAAAGAAUUGAAAAAAAAUUAAAUAGUAACAUUCGUGUUUUAAACAUUGAAGUUGAAAAUUAUGAAAGUGUUUUUAAUCAACUUUUUAAGGUUGAAUCGACAGAUAACAUUGACGAGAUGAUAAAUUCGUUUAAAAUAGAAGAAAAAGAGUUGUUUGCAUUAUAUAACUUUGUAAAAGAGCAAUCUAAAGAAAUCGAAAUAAACGAAAACUUGAUCGAAACAAUCAACAAACAAUCAAUUUCAUUUAAAGAUAUACAGUUGGCUAAUGAAAACAAAAUGAAUAAUUCGUUAGAAAAACUGCAAGGCAAAAAAAAAAAUUUAAAUGAUGAAAUUAUUAACACUUCCUCUAUGACAUCUGCCAAUCAACAAAAAUUAAUAAACUUGUUACCUGUGAUAGAAAAAGUAUUGAUAAAAGUACAACCGAUUCAUUCAAAAUCAACAGUUAAACUCGGGUGUUCAAAAAUCACUCAAAAUAACCUUUUGCUCUACCUGGGACAACUCGAACAAAUAACGACGGAAAUACUGCGUACCAAAACAAUGCUAUCACGAAAAUCCCCUUUAAGCGAACCUCAAAAAAGUUCUCUUUUGGUUGUUGGAAAAGAUUUACUGUACUCAGUUAAUCUUCCAAGUGUCUCAUUAGAUGUUUCUGAUUACUCUACACCAACAUCAAUUCAUGAAAACGCUCUUAAGUCAUUUCAUGAAAAUACUAUAACAUAAAUACAUUAAAA